AUGGAGGCGUACGGUCCAGGCAGUGGCCGCCCGGGAAAUAAUGUAUGCGUCGUCGGUACUGGGGUUACCGGGCUGUUGGCGGUGAAAAAUCUUGUCGAGCAAGGCUUAAGCGUCAGAGCUCUGGAGCAAAGCGAAAAUCUCGGCGGCAAUUGGUAUCAUUCGAUGGAUACGGAGCAGGUGUCAGCGUUAUCAGAGAUGAAGGUGAACAUGUCGAAAGAAACAAAUUGCUUCACAGACUUCCCAAUGCCAGAUGACUAUCCGUCAUUUCCUUCCGCAAAACAGAUCGGCGACUACUUGGAGGCAUACGCAGACAAAUUCGAACUGAUCAAACAUAUCGAACUAUCAACAACCGUGACAAGUAUCCGGCGAGACGAAGAGGACGGCGUCUGGAUCGUAUCCACGAGACACACAAGAACCGGCGAAGAAGAAGAGCGAGAGUAUGACAGAGUAGUGAUGGCGACGGGAGGUCUGAAUGUUAGAAACAUGCCCGACAUCAAGGGCAUUGAAAAAUUCGCUGGCGAUGCUAUACACUCUCGCGAUUUUAAGGAUCCAACAAAAUUUGCCGGAAAGAAUGUCCUAGUCGUGGGCCUGGGCUCUACUGGAGCCGACACAUUGAGCUUUUUGAAGCAGGCCGGUGCAAACAAGUUAUAUCUCAGCAGCAGAAGCCGAUGUUCGCUGAUCCCUAGAACUAUCAGAGGACGGCCGUGGGAUCACUACAUGACCCGUCGUGCCGAUUCUAUGAUUCGACGCUCAAUGGCAUGGUCCCCUCAAGCUUCGAAUUAUGUUGCCGGUAAAGCAAUCGGCCUCAUCCAAAGUUAUACGUUUCCGACCCUGAGAGGGCAUCCUUGCUUCAGCGGCGCAGUUAACGGUCCGCUUUACCGCAGUCCGUUUGUCUGCGAUGAAUUGCCAAGUCUCCUAGACAGCGGUGAUGUAAAAGUUUAUGGUGGUAUCAUGGGAGUCGCCGGCCCCCGGACUGUGGUGUUCAAGGACGGCAGCGAGAUUACAGAUGUAGACGCAAUCAUUUUCUGCUGCGGCUAUUAUCACGAUCUCUCUCUGAUCAAGGGAGAAGGGAACCCUACCGAUGUUGAAUACUCUACAGAUUCAUUUGAGCAGCUGAAGCACGCGAAACACCACAACAUCAACAGCGAAUAUCAAAGACUCUAUCACGGUAUUCUAUCAGAACGAUAUCCGGAAUCAUUAGCCGUACUGGGCGGCCUCACAACAGUGCGACCUACUUUUGUGCUCUACGACCUUGCUACCAUGGCGCUCGCCAGCCUUUGGUCUGGGAGCUAUCCACUCCCCUCGCCGCGAGCAAUGAAGAGAGAGAUCGACUCUCAUUACAACUUCGUGGUACGAGCGCUUGAGAAUGGCCCGAUGUCAUUCCUUGGCCUCCGUAUAGAUGUGCGAGGGACCUACAAAUGGCUGAAUGCGAGUGCCGGAACUGGAGUCAUAGAACGACUUGAAGGGUGGGGCUGGGAGGCGUGGAAAUUCUGGUGGAAGAACAGAACACUCUUCAAGUACAUCAUGAAUGGGCCCAACGUUCCAGCCGUAUACAGGCUCUUCGAUAUGGGGAGAGGAAGAAGGUCAUGGGACGGGGCCCGGGCAGCCAUUGAAAAGGUCAAUGAGAAGCCUAUAUUGAUGGCUGCUGAGCAGACCAAGGGAUCGACCAAGGACGAGACGGUAAACGAAAAGGAAGACGAAACGGAGGUCGAAAUGAAGGACGAAACAAAGGACGAGGGUCGGUACGAAACUGGGAGCGAAACUGAAAGCGAGACUGAAAACGAGGCCGAAGAAGACGUUGAGAAUGCUAUUGGCGAGGCCACCGAGGAUGCCUUCGCAGCAGAUAUGAUGAAAGUGGAAGCAAUGGACUAUCUUGAAGCUGAGGACGAAUCAAGUCUGUGAUUCGUACUUUCGUAUAAGACGGACGAGCGAAGCAAAAGGGAGAGCAAAGGCUGCCACAAUGGCAGAGGCCAAAGUUCAGAUACAAGGAACAAAGAGUACAAGGCAAAGAGCGGAGGGCAGAGGGCAGAGGGCAGAGAGCAGAGGGACAGAGGGAGCCCAAACAGAAAAUCGUCGGGGCAUGGCGACAGGACACUAGAACGAACAUCCGCAAGCAUCCCGCACAAGGCAAACGAUGCAUGAUAAUGAUAUAAUGAUAAUGAGACAUGAAUGC